AUGCACGCCCAUAGACGCUGUGCUUGUAUGCAUGCGCGCGAAUACCAAGACCAUUUUGUCUCACGACUACUAACCACCAUGUCACAACCCCAUUCUCGUCUGCGGUCUCGUCUGAGGCACUCAGCGGCUCUGUCGCGACUGACUAGUGCUACAAGAAGACCAUCCUUACGUCGGAGGUCACUUUCAGCUUCGUCUCUCACAAAACUUUUGCUUACUUCGACUACUGUCGAUUCCGAUUCGUCGAUUCCAACGGUUUCUGCAACCAUUGACAAUACUCUUCCCCUUGAUUUCUUCAAACUGGACUUGGUGGGAGUUAUAAAAGCCCUCAAGGUCAGUAAAUGGCACAAGAGACAGCUUAUACCAGCGCAGUUGUCGGUGCAACGUAUUCUGGGUGCUUUAACGAACUCGAUCUACAAGCUUGAAUACAAGGAUCCAGUACUGAAUGUCAACUUGCCUGCUCUCUUGCUUCGUGUUUACGGAAAAAAUGUUGAUCUGGUUGUUGACAGGGAUACUGAGCUCGAGGUUUUGAUCAAAUUGCUGCAGAAAAAAAUUGGUCCUCGACUUUUGGGAAUUUUCAUCAAUGGUAGAAUCGAACAAUUUUUGGAAGGCUACGUUACGCUUAAUCGAUUACAAAUCCGAGACGCCGUGAUUUCACAAAUGAUAGCGAGAAGAAUGAAGGAUCUUCACUACAAAUUGGAAUUGGAUGAUAAGGACCGUAAAGGCAUCCCAGCAACUUGGAAAUUUAUUUUGAGAUGGUUAGACCUUUUUGAACGGACAAUUUUGCCCACCUGGGACAACUUUGACCAUCGGGAAGCAUUUUUGACUGAUUACCGUAAAUUUAGAGAUGCAGUCUUGAGGUACAGAAAAUGGUUAUUUGACCAAUAUGAGGAGGAUAUCAGCACAAACUUGAGGUUUUGUCACAACGAUACUCAAUAUGGUAACCUUCUUUUACAUGAUCUGUUCUCGCCUGAGGAUAUUAUAGUGCCACAAGAGUCAUCGUCUCUCACAUCCACCACCAAUAAGAAGGACACCAACUUGGCAGUAAUUGAUUUUGAGUACUCUGGACCAAAUUUUCCUGCCUACGACCUUGUGAACCAUUUUUGUGAAUGGAUGUCUGACUACCACAAUGAAGAAUGCUCAUACUAUAUUCAUCACGAUCGCUAUCCCACCCAAUUAGAGCAGCUCAAUCUCAUUAAAUCGUACGUGGAGUACGACUUCCAUUAUCCUUCAAGUAACUACAAAACCAACGCUAAUGUGGAUGUGACUUCGGUGACCGAUAUACUUCAAUACGAAAUCAGGAAACUCUACAACGAGUGCAUUUUGUGGCGUCCAACAGUGCUGAUUUUUUGGUGCUUAUGGGGCCUUAUCCAAAACGGACCUGAGAACGAUACCACUACCGAUGACUUGGGUUCGAGAAAGGAAGAGCAGGGCGUAGGAGCUACUUAUAGUAUUUCUACUGGGGUCGAUGCUUUACAAUUGGACGAAAAUGUGGUUGUUGAAGAUGAGAUCACUUCAAGUGACGACAGUUUCGAGUACCUCAAGUAUGCCCAGCAAAAGGCUUCUCUCAUGUGGGGAGAUCUUAUUGGUUUAGGCAUUGUGGACGAGCUGCAAGUCGAUCAAUCAAUGCAUCACCUUAUCAAGCAUUUAGACUGUGGAUUAUUCGAGUUGGCUGCGUAA